UAGGACAUCAGGAAAGACACAAUGGCCAAUGAGGGCAAACAGAAGUCAACAGAUGGCCAUCCAUGGCUGGUCUACAUCUCAACAAUAUUUGCAUCUGUUCUGGCUCUUCUUCUAGGCUAUACUCUCGGUAUUAUCUCGGGGGCCAUGCUGCUCCUUGUUGACACGUUUCAACUCGAUACAUUGUGGCAGCAGCUCAUGGCCACAUUCGGCACAGUAGGAUGUGCAUUAGCACUUCUUCCUGCUGGCUACCUGGUCCAGCUUUUAGGAAGGAAGAGGAUGAUCAUUGGAUCCAAUACGUUGACUUGUAUUGGCGCCAUCGUAUCAGCAGCAGCACCAACGAAAGAGGUGGUUCUUGUUGGACGUUUAUUGGCUGGAAUGGGAGCAGGAACUAUAUCCCUCGUCGUGCCAAUGUACAUAUCGGAAUGUGCCCCCGUGGACAUCAGAGGGCGUCUUGGUAGUCUCACACAGGUCCUGAUUUCAAUGGGGGUUUUUCUGUCAUCAGUCGGGGCAGGCGCUUUCAGUGGACUAGGGGAAGCAGGAUGGAGGUGGAUGUUUGCAUGUCCCUGUGCUCUUGGCGUUGUGCUUUUUGUUGGAAGUCUCUUCCUCCCGGAGACUCCUCGGUGGUAUAUGGACAGAGGAAGAGAGGAAGAAGCUGUUUCAGUCCUCAAGCGACUGAGAAAUAACCCGGAUGAAAUCGAAAUAGAACUCAACGACAUAAGAAGAACUGUUGCGGAAGGGAAACGGCUGAAACAUGAUAAAGAACAUGGUUCCUCUUUGAUUGGGAGGAUACUAACAACGCCUCCAGUCCGAAGAGCUCUGUUCCUGUCCAUGGUCUUGGCGAUGAUAACACAGGUGACAGGGGCGGCUCCCGUUAUGUACUACACGGGAACUAUACUCAAAAGAGGGGGGUUCGCAGUCACAGAUGCAAUAUGGAUGACAGCAAUACCAACUGCACUGCAGGCUGCAACAGCCUUCAUCAGCACGUGCUUGGUGGAGAGAAUGGGACGCAAACUUCUGUUUCUUGGCUCACAGAUAGGUCUGUUAAUUUCCUUGGUCAUUCUUGGACUUGGCUUCUUCCUCUCCUCGACUCAUUCCCCCGUCGUUAGUGAUGACAUUCAGAGUACCAUCAAUAACGCUACAACAGCUUCCAUGUGUAAUUUAAGAACAUGUGAGCAAUGCAUCGAGUCUUCACAAUGCGGCUUCUGCUACGACGUCCUCUCAAGAGCCUCGUGUGUCCCCGUGUCGGUAAACGGCAGUGCUACAACAGGGAGAUGUUCUUCCGCCAGCUCUUUUAACAGUUCAGACUUUACCCUGUUGACGCAAGCUUGUCCCAGUGACUAUAAAUGGAUUCCAGUGAUUGGGUCCUCCCUAUACUUGGCUGUAUUUAGUAGCGGUGUUGGCGUGAUCUUUGUUUUUAUAUCUGAAGUAUUUCCUCUCUGGGCACGCGGCACAUGCAGUUCAAUAGCUACUUCAGUCAUAUGGAUAUCCCAGAUUGUAGUCGCUAUGACUUUCCUGACACUUGCUGACGCCAUCACGGCCCAUGGUAUCUUCUGGCUGUAUGCGGGAUGCACUUUGCUUGCUGCGAUUUUCAUCUUUAUAUUCAUGCCGGAAACACAAGGGCUACGAUUGGAGGAGGUUAAUCAACUGUUCCUGACACGGGAGGAGAAGAUUGCUUUGGACAAAACAGAAGUAGACAGUUUUACGAAUAGUUAA